UCCAUAGUGAAUGCUGAUGACGACUCGGGGCAAUUUCCGCCCGAUCUAUUCUCAGUGGAGGAACGUCGUAAGGGUGCAAUUAUACUUCAUGUCAUCGGACUCGGGUACAUGUUUAUUGCAUUAGCGAUUGUGUGCGAUGAAUUUUUUGUGCCCUCGCUGGGUGUUAUCACUGAUAAAUUGGCCAUCAGUGAUGAUGUCGCAGGUGCGACUUUUAUGGCGGCUGGUGGUUCUGCGCCGGAAUUCUUCACAUCUGUGAUAGGCGUUUUUAUCGCACAAAACAAUGUUGGCAUUGGAACAAUCGUUGGCAGUGCCACUUUCAACAUUCUUUGCGUUCUCGCGUGCUGCACCAUUUUUUCACAUGGUGUUCUUCACCUAACAUGGUGGCCUUUAUUCAGAGAUGUUGCAUUUUAUAUUAUUGCAUUACUGAUGUUGGUUAUCUUCUUUCUUGACGAAAAGGUAUCAAAAGUAUCUUCAUCCAAAACCGCAACUGCAGCAGUUAUCGCUGAUGGAAUUAUUGAGCGAACUUCGUUAGAAGCGAAGAACGAUGCGGCGAGAGUGAAUGAAACGUUUGAACCGAAUACAAGAUCGGGAUCGUUGGUGUACGGCAGACCACGUGCAUCAGCGUCAUACAGACGACGUCAAUCAAUUCCGAUACUUCAUUCAGGCGCAAUGUUCCGCAAUGGUAUUAUGCAGCUGAUGUCGCACGGUUUGGAUCCACUUCGAGAAGGUGAUUUCGAAGAUUGGGAAGGUGAUGAGAAUGGUAAUGCGCAAAGUGAUUCAGUAGCGGUGAGCGACGAUCAGAAUCAACGAUCGACUUUGAAUUCAAUGAAGAAAGAUGUGAGUGCUUAUAAGGUGGCUAAACAACAGAAUGUUGCUACUGUCCGUCGAGUAUCUGUCAAAAGAAGAUCAUCGAUAUGUCCAAAUAUGGCCACUGUCGAAGAAAUUAAAUCGAUGCUGGACGAAGGUGAAGAAAAGCCGUUGGAUAUGACAUGGCCAGAAAAGUGUCAUCGAAAGAUCAUCUUUUUGCUGCUUUCACCGAUUCUCUUUCCGCUCUGGGUCACACUUCCCGAUGUUCGAAUUGAGAACUCAAAAAAAUGGUUUCCGUUAACUUUUAUUGGCUCUAUUCUUUGGAUAGCGUUUUAUUCCUAUAUUAUGGUGUGGAUGGCUAAUACGAUCGGAGAGACAGCUGCGAUUCGAACUGAGAUAAUUGGACUAACAAUUUUAGCUGCUGGAACAAGCAUUCCAGAUCUGAUAACCAGUGUUAUUGUCGCUCGUAAAGGUCUCGGUGAUAUGGCAGUGUCAAGCUCUGUUGGUAGCAAUAUUUUCGAUAAUAUAUUUCCGUGUCCAGCAACUGCCAUUUCAAAAUGGAAAAUGAAUAAACUAUUCGGUGUCAUAAUGAUUAUAUCAUACGUCGCAUUUUGUGUUCUAGCGAUAUCACUCGAAACUGGUCGUUUCGUUUGUCCACUCAAAUUCUGCUGA